ACAAAACAAAAAAUUAUCAAACAUUUGAUCUUUAUAAUACUUUAGACGUUGAAGACAUCAACACUUUUAAUUACAUAGUAAUGGAAAUUUUCUUCUUUUUUUUGUAAUAAAUAAAUAAUUUUAAAACUUUGGAAUAGUUGAAUGCCUCUGUCUCUACUUCUGGAGUCUGGACCCAACCCAUCAUUCCAGAAAUGACCGGCGAAAGUCAAGAACCUCUCUGAGCUCUCUACUCACUACUCUCUCUCACCUCUUUCUUUCUUUCUCUCUCUAUCUGCGUGUAGGUUACAAGACAAUUGACACCAAGACUAAAGCUGUGUUGUUUGGUUCAGUUCUGUUCUCUUUUCCAAUGUUGUCAUCAGCAAAGCAUCAGAGGAACCUUAGAGUCUCUGCUACAAACAAGAACAAGACUCUAAACAAGGUUUCUUCCAUUUCACCCUCAUCACCGUCGUCUUCAUCAUCAUCAUCAACCUCAUCAUCAUCUCCUUUACCCUCACAAGACUCUCAAACCCAGAAGAGAUCUCUAAUCACCAUGGAAGAAGUUUGGAAAGACAUCAACCUUGCUUCUAUCCACCACAUCAACCACCACAGCCAACAUCCACAGCACAACCAUGAGCCACGCUUCAGGAGCCACAACCACCAGAACCAAAACCCUAACUCGAUCUUCCAAGAUUUCCUCAACGGACCUUUGAACGAGGAACCAGCACCUACAAGCCUGGCCAUGGGUUCUGCUUCUAAUGGCGAUUCCACCACUGUCACUGCUCUCUGCAGCUCUCCUUUUCCACCUCCUGCAACUGUUCUGAGCUUGAAUUCCGGCGCUGGCUUCGAGUUUCUCGAUAAUCAAGAUCCUCUUGUUGUUACCCCAAACUCCAACCUUCAGAGUCACCAUAACCUCUCAAACAUUCCUUCCUUCAACACCCCUUUUGAGGCUCUGGUUACAUCCACUUGUUUUGGUAAGAAAAGAGGCCAAGAGUCCAAUGAAGGUACAGGGAAUAGAAGACAUAAGCGCAUGAUCAAGAACAGAGAAUCUGCGGCUCGUUCCCGAGCUAGGAAACAGGAAUGUGUCUCUCUUUUUCUCCUUUCUACUCAAGGAUAUCAAAGGGAAGAAAAAAAAUGUACUUAUGCCAUCAAAAUGCUUCUGAUGAAACCUUUUGUUUCUCACUUGCAGGCUUAUACAAACGAGUUAGAACUUGAAGUUGCUCACCUGCAGGCAGAAAAUGCAAGGCUCAAGAGACAACAAGAUCAGUUAAGAAUGGCUGCAGCAAAUCCGCAACCCAAAAAGAACACACUACAACGGUCUUUCACAGCUCCAUUUUGAGAAAUCUACAAGUCCUUAUUUCUCUUUUGGGGAUUGAGCUUGUCUUAUGAAGAAAUGAAAAAAUGGAAAUGUUUGUACCUUUUUUUGGCUACCUAUAAGUAUAACUAAGCUAAAUUUGUAGAACCAAGAUAUUGUAGGGGAAAGAAAGAUGAUGUAAAAAACAACCCUGAAAGAGAAAAGGAUCUUUCAAUUUCCUAAGGCACAGGAACAUCUGUCCUGGGGCUUCUCUUCAUGUUCUGUCGUUAUUAUGCAACCCCUUUUGAGUUUUUUUUUUCACUUCUGUACUAACUUCUACUUGUAUUCUUGUAGUAAUGUUCUACUUGCUAUUCUAAUACUAGUAAGAAAAAAAAACUUAUGUGUUA